UCACGUCUCUUUUCUCUCUCUCUAAAGUUUGCAAUUAGGGUUUCCGUCUCUGUCCGCAUACUCCAGUUGCGUGGUAGCUUCAAUCGAAAAUGGUGAAGGGUCGCCAAGGAGAGCGAGUCAGACUUUAUGUUCGAGGGACAGUCCUCGGAUACAAGAGGUCGAAGUCGAACCAGUAUCCGAGCACAUCUCUGGUGCAGAUAGAGGGAGUGAACACGAAGGAGGAGGUGUCUUGGUACCUUGGGAAGCGAAUGGCCUACAUUUACAAGGCCAAGGUCAAGAAGGACGGCUCGCACUACCGCUGUAUUUGGGGAAAGGUCACUCGCCCACACGGUAACACUGGCGUCGUCCGUGCCAAGUUCAAGUCCAACCUCCCUCCCAAAUCAAUGGGAGCUAGGGUUAGGGUUUUUAUGUACCCUAGCAACAUGUGAGUGAGCUAGUUGGUGUAGAUUCAGAGACGACGACUAGAAGGUGAAGCAGAGGAUUUUUAAUUUUUACCAUUUUGCUUUUGAGUUCAGUUUAACGUUUUGUACCGUGAAGCUAUCUUAGCUUAGCUAGUUACUUGGAUGCUCUCUUUGAAUUGAUGAGGCAAAUGAAAUAUUUAUGAUGAUGCUUAUUGUUAAA